AUGAGUGGGUAUUCGUACGUAAACUGUUAUUCAAGUUUACCUGAUGGGUUUUCGUUUGCUAAUUCAUAUUCAUAUCAAUCUUCAGGAUAUUGCUACGACUCCUGUAGUGGAUCCAAAUACUUUGCUACAUUUAACAGUGGUGAAUGUUAUUGUGGCGAUGGAAAUGCUAGUUUAGACGGCGUUAGUACUAGUUCUUCUUGUACUUCAUAUUGUUACGGUUAUAAGCAGGAAAUGUGUGGUGGUGAGAGUUCAUAUAGUGUUUAUGAAUUAGAUGAUUAUGUAGAAAGUGAUGAUACUUCUAGUAGCGACACUACUGAAAAAACUACUAGUUCAAGUACCAGUGCAAAUACUCAAGUGACAUUGAGCAGUAGCUCCAGUUCUAGUAGUAGUACUACCACUUCUUCAAUAUCUAACGGCAUGAUUCAAGUAAGUGUAUCUUUACUUCAAACUGGUAGUACAAGUGUAUCUAAUAGCCCUAGUUCUUCUAGUAGUUCUUCUAGUUCUUCUAGUUCUAGUAGUUCUUCUAGUAGUUCCUCUAGUAGUUCUUCUAGUAGUUCUUCUAGUAGUUCUCCUAGUAGUUCCUCUAGUAGUUCUCCUAGUAGUUCUUCUAGUAGUUCUCCUAGUAGCUCCUCUGUUGGGUUUUCUACAAGUUAUUUUAGUAGCUCUCCUACUAGUUCUGAUAGUUUCUACUCCAGUAUAUUGAACGAUAUUAGUUCUGAAAGUAGCAGUAGCAGUAGUAGUAGCAGUAGCAGUAGCAGUAGCAGCAGCAGUAGCAGUAGCAGCAGCAGCAGCAGCAGCAGCAGCAGCAGUAGCAGUAGCAGCAGCAGUAGCAGCAGUAGCAGUGCAAUUAGUAGUACAACUAGUAGCAGUAGCGCAGAAAAUGAUGUCACCGUGGUUCCCUCAACUUCAGAACAGAUUAUUACCAGCUAUGCUGUUCUAACUUCUACUGCCUCAGACUCAGUCAACGUGGUUUAUUCUACAUCUUUGCAAACCACGGGUGGUUCAACUGUUUAUGUUACAAAAAUAAUUUCUACUUCCUCACCACAAACUACAGGAAGCAGUUCUAAUGGUAAAACCAGCCAAGGAAGCUCUGGUAGUUCCAAGAAAUUAGUUGGGCCCAUUGUAGGUGGUGUUGUAGGUGGUGUUGUUGGUUUAAUUAUUUUUAUAAUUGCUGGGUUAUUUUUGCUAAGACGUUAUAAUGCUAAGAAAGAAGAAGAAAGGUUAGAAAGAGAAUAUCAAGAGGCUAUUAAGCCUAGACCAUACCUAGCUGACGAAUAUAAUGAAUAUUUAAAGACUGAUGGUGACGGAAACAAUAAAAAGGGUGGUAUUAUAAGCAGUGCUGCUGAUGAUACUGAGUAUGAUAACAAUGACGACGAUAGUCAUGACAGCAGCGAUAAUAAAUACAAUAAUGCUGCCACCACUGGUGUAUAUAGCGAAGAUAAAUAUACGAAUAAUCCAUUUGGGGAUGAUUUCGCUACCACCUCCUCUACAUCACCUGGAACUACUAGUACGAGUGGUAUGAAUAGCAGUAACGCAUUACUAUCAACAUAUAAGAAUGGAAAUCAUGAUGAUGUUGAAAAACAUAACACUGGGAAUGUUAAUAGGAAUUUCAGCACAGAUACCAAGUUUAGUUAUUCUACCACAGCUACAAAUGAUCAUGCCUAUGGUUCUAAUCCAUUGGCUCAUAAUAAUACCGCGAACGAUACUACUUUUGCAAAUAAUGCAAAUACUUUACAAGUACCGAACGCUCAUAACGGCAGUAAUAAUAAUAAUAAUAAUAAUAAUAAUAAUAAUGGCGUACAAGUUGAAGACACCGGUAGUGUUGUUGAAGGCAGACAACAAAAAUUGACUAUUGUAAACCCAGACGAAGACGAAUAG